UGUGGGAGCCCGCUAGGCUGCGACCGGCCGUCCUGCCUGGACCGCGCGAAAGAGACGAGCGAGCUAGAGUCAGAAGAAGCAGAAGCCAUCCCGACGCCGCGCUCGCUCAGAUUUCCGCCCGCACAGAGCUGAAAAAGGCCAGGUAAUAGACACACAAUCAUGGACUGGGGAGCACUUCAAGCCAUUUUGGGAGGUGUAAACAAACACUCAACCAGCAUCGGGAAGAUCUGGCUCACAGUCCUGUUCAUUUUCCGAAUCAUGAUUCUUGUGGUUGCUGCAGAAAAGGUCUGGGGAGAUGAACAGCAAGAUUUUACAUGUAACACUCAGCAACCUGGUUGCAAAAAUGUCUGCUACGAUGAAUUUUUCCCCAUUUCUCACAUUAGACUCUGGGCUCUCCAACUCAUCUUUGUCUCCACUCCUGCACUUUUAGUGGCAAUGCAUGUUGCCUACAGAAAGCAGGAGAAGAGACGAAAAAGCAGAAAAGGAGAGAAGAUUGACAUUGAAGCGCUGAAAAUGCAAAAGUUUCAUAUUGAGGGCUCCCUAUGGUGGACAUACACCAGCAGCAUCUUCUUCCGAAUUCUCUUUGAAGCGAUCUUCAUGUAUACAUUCUAUUUCAUGUACAAUGGGUACAAAAUGCCCCGUCUCGUGAAAUGUAGCGCUUGGCCUUGUCCAAAUGUCGUAGACUGUUUUGUUUCCCGACCCACUGAGAAAACCAUGUUUACUAUUUUUAUGCUGGCUGUAUCAGGCAUUUGUAUGCUCUUAAAUGUGAUUGAGUUGUCUUAUUUGGUGUUAAAGUUCUGCAUUAGAAAACCUAGGACCACAAAAUCACUGCCCAGCCAUUAGCUAUGCAUUUAUAACCCCAUGGCUAAGAUGAUGCACAUGGUUCUGUAAUGCUGCACCCCAGAACUGCUGUGGACUUCUCAGGCACCCUGAUGCUAUUCAGAAGCAGUGGUUGUGGAAGCAACAUUUCCACAGAUUUCCCCAUUGUUGCAGAUGGGGAAACUUGAGGAAAUGCUUUCCACGGUGGUUUCCACAAUCAUUCCUUCGGUGUUGGUGCUGCCAUAGAAGUCCACAGCAGCCUUGAAGCACAGUGUUACAGAACCUUAAGACUGUGCCUCAUGUCAGCACGUGAACUUAAUUUUGUAUUGAUUUUGGGAAAUGGUCAGGAAUAUUUCUAGGCUCCAUGAAAAGUAUAUAGUGCACUUCUUAAUGGCCAUUGGGAUCUGCUCAGCACCUGACUAGCAUUUACCUUAAGGCAAGGACUCAUGCUGCCUUUUGAAAUGACUCAAAAUUUUCUGCUGCUGAAAAGUAUACAAUAUUUCAGUUAUACAAUAUUUCUGUUACAAGUCAUAUCCAACGAAAUAUCUGAGUUCAAUACAAAAGAGCCCCCCAAUUAUCAGCUGAGUUAGCAUAUUCAAUUUAUUUUUUAAAAAAAUUAAAAGAUAAUGAGUGUGUUUAAUUAAAAAAAAUGACUGCAUGGGUGGGGCAAGAGGCAGGGAAGGCUGGUUAAAUUCACCUUUCUCCCAGAUGAUUGCUGACAAGUUACUGGGAAUGCGUACUGCACUCCCAGAUGAUCCAUGGCACAGGGCCAAGCUCCAGAGGCUGAGAUGAUGUGUCCCAGCCUCCGGAUAUCUCACAAUGCACCACGUGGCAUGUGUGAUACAUUGAGGGGUUCCCCCAGGUGCCCAUCUCUGUGUCUGCUGGGCUAAACAUAGCCCCAGAGAACACACAAUCCUGGAGCCCGGGUUAAGGACUCACUCAAGCCCUUAUCCCUGGCUAAGAGCUGGGUUUUAAAACAGGGCUAGGUGGUGCUGCCU